AUGUCCGACGAACAGAUCCUCGCCGCUUCGGCAAAGCACCCUAUCGUGCCUAACCAUGUCUACAACUACGGCACUGCUGGUUUCCGUAUGAAGGCCGACCUUCUCGAUGGUGUCUCGUUCCGUGUUGGUCUCCUGUCCGGUCUGCGAAGCCGCAAGCUCAAUGGCCAGGCUAUUGGUGUCAUGAUCACUGCCAGUCACAACCCCGCCAUCGACAAUGGUGUCAAGAUCGUUGACCCCAUGGGUGAGAUGCUUGAGCAAGAGUGGGAGGCCCAUGCUACCAAGCUCGUCAACUCUCCUUCUGACCAGGAGCUUCUCGACAACUACAAGGCUCUGGCUUCUAAGCUCAAGAUUGACCUCUCUGCUCCCGCCCGCGUCGUCUACGGUCGUGACACCCGUCCCUCCGGCCACUCCCUCGUUGCUGCUCUCGCCGAUGCUUUCGAGGCCACAAACACCGAGUACACCGACUACAAGAUCCUUACCACACCCCAGCUUCACUACCUAGUCCGUUGUGUUAACACCGAGGGCACUCCCAAGGCUUACGGCAAGGUCAGCGAGCAGGGUUACUACGAGAAGAUGUCUGAGGCUUUUACUCGUGCUCUUCGCGGCCGCAAGCCCCAGGGACAGCUCAUCGUGGAUUGCGCCAACGGUGUUGGAGGCCCUAAGCUGUCAGAGUUCCUCAAGGUCUUACCUCAAGGAAACAUUGACGUCAAGGUUGUCAAUGACGAUGUCCUCCGCCCCGAGGUUCUCAACCUGGAUUCUGGAGCCGACUUUGUCAAGACCAAGCAGCGAGCUCCCCCUAGCCCCAAGCCUGUUCCUGGCGCUCGAUGCUGCUCUCUCGAUGGUGAUGCUGACCGUCUGAUCUACUACUGGAUCGACCCCGAUACCGGUUUCUUCAUGCUCGAUGGCGACCGCAUUUCUUCGCUCAAUGCCUCUUUCAUUGGCGACCUUGUUCGCUCUGCUGGCCUUGCCGAUGACCUCCGCAUCGGCGUUGUUCAGACUGCUUAUGCCAACGGUGCCAGCACCAACUACAUCGAGAAGCACCUCCAGCUCCCCGUUGUCUUCACUCCCACCGGCGUGAAGCACUUGCACCACGCUGCUUGCCAGUUCGACGUUGGUGUUUACUUCGAGGCCAACGGCCACGGUACCGUUGUCUUUUCACAGGAGGCUAUCCGUGCUUUCCGUGAGACCGAACCUCAAUCCCCCGCUCAGAAGGAUGCCCUUGAGACCCUCGCUGCUGUCAGCGAUCUCAUCAACCAGACCGUUGGUGACGCCAUCUCGGACAUGCUCAUGGUGGAAGUCAUUCUCGCCCACAAGGGAUGGACUCUUAAGGAUUGGGCCAUGACCUACAAUGACCUCCCCAACCGUCUCGUCCGUGUCGAGGUCGGUGACAAGGAUCUCUUCAAGACCACCGAUGCCGAGCGUCGCCUCAGCCACCCCGUGGGUGCUCAGGACGAGAUCGACCAGUGUGUCAAGAAGUACACCAGCGCCCGCUCCUUUGCUCGUGCCAGUGGUACUGAGAACGCUUGCCGUGUCUAUGCCGAGGCUGCCACUCGCUCUGAGGCUGAUGAGCUCGCCAACAAGGUUGCCCAGAUCGUGAAGCAGUUCGGUUCUUAG